AGUGGGUUGGCUUCAGGACUGCUCGUCGCCCGCGUUUGUUUGAUAGAAUAUGAAUGAGAAACAUAGCUUGAAUUUAGCUACGGAGUUUAUUUUUUGACAUUUUCCCCCUGUUUCUAUAUAAUAAAACUAUAAAGAAUCGGCUAGUAUAGAUACAUAUGGAGCUCGGUUGACUGUCUUCCUUGGGUUUGUAUGUUUACCUAACAAACGUCUCGGAAAUGGAACAUAACUCUCCAGUCUGGUGCUAAUAAAUAUUAGCAAAUAUGGGAGGUUGGAGCUCUUUGGAUAAAUAUAUAAGGAAAACAACGUGAAGAGGGUUAUAAACAUCACACAGAAGCGUCGUCCUAGCGUCCAAGACAGAAUAGCCACCAUGAAUGCAAGCUCAAACAAUCCCACAGAAGCCGCCCCCAGCAGCAGCAUCACUGAGCUGCUUAGCGCUCUGUGUGACUGCAGUCUCUCCGGGGUGUCUUGGAAGUGUCGAGCCCUUGGAGGAGUUUCCAGAGAUGCUUUCCACAGAGCUCUCAAAAAGAAGGCUUAUGGCGCCCUGCUGUCUAAGCUUUUUCAAGAUGGCACCAAGCGGCCUGCCUUGAGACCAAGUCCUGUGGCCAACACUCCGCCUAGGAACAAAGUCCUGAUGAUGUGUUUUGACUUGCGAGUGGCCGGGUGCCGAGAUGAAGCGGAGGCGCUGGAGGACCUGCUGGGGAGGCUGCCUGAAGGAGCCUCCUCUGGUCUGACAGAAGUAGACUCAGUGCUGGAGCUCCUGGUGUGUCUUGCUGGCUCUGCACCUCCGCCUCCUACCUCUUUCAGCAGAGACUAUAUGAGACGAGAGAGGCCCGUUCUACGAAGGCCCCAACCCUGGAGCUACCAGAGCGAGGAGCUACAAAGACUUGAAGCCAGGGCGUGGAGUCUGGUGUGUGCGGAGGAAUGGGCAAAUUUGGAGACUCUGUGUGGAUCUCAGCAGUUGAUAAACUCGCUGCCAGGGACGGGGUUGCUGACUUUGAGGACUAAAGUGGAAGCAGAAGAACGAUUUGAGAGGGAAACUAGGCUGACAUUGUUUGGGGCACUACAACACACUCGAACAUCUGACAUGGACAUCAGACUGGACCUCCCUCCCAUUCCCAGUAAUGUCGAUGUUACUGGACUGGCUAUCAGAGUUCCUCACUAUUUAGAUCAGUCUGAGGACGAGGGCUUCCAGUCAUCCUCCAACCUGACACCAGACUCUCAGUCGGAGACGAGCCCUGUUCCAGAUGUUGACAUCUGGGAGGCUGUCCGCACAUUUGAGCCUGGGCGCCGCCGCUGCUGGGAGUCCGUAGGCUGCCCACCUGGAAAAAAGGAGUCCUACUUUCUCACAGAAGGAGGCAGGGAGACAUUUGACCAGCUUUAUCGGCUAUGGGAGGGAGAGAUGAGGGUCGUGAGUUCCGGUGCUUCCUCUCCUAUCCUCAUGCUGCCUCUAGACUCCCAGACGCAAUUAGUAUCCGACCUCCUGAAUGUUCUGAUUGGAGUGGCGUCCACCACCUUCCCUCUCAACCAGAGCGUUCAGUUCGACUUCAGGCCUGGUGUAUGCGUAUCGGGAGCUUCUCCAGAGAGCGUGUCUCGUCUUCUGGGGGAGUUGGCCCAGUAUGGCACCUACUACCUGAGGCUGAGUCGCUUUUCUCUCCAGAGUGCUGACAAGAAGGGCCUAGUCUUCCAGGCGUUCACUGGUGGUCUAAGGAAGUAUCUGCAUUACUACAGAGCUUGUGUUCUCAGCACGCCACCUACUCUCAGCCUGUUGACGAUCGGCUUCCUUUUCCGCAAAGUUGGCCGCCAGCUCAGGUACCUGUCGGAGCUGUGCUGUGUGGACGGCCCUUCGGGUACGGGCCACGCGACCUUCCCUGUGGGUGUUAAGCUGCUGUCCUACCUCUACAACGAAGCUCAGAGUAACUGCAGCAACGAGAACUAUCCCGUCCUGCUGUCCCUGUUGAAGAGCUGCUGUGAACCUUACACACGGUUUGUGUCCGACUGGGUGUACAGCGGCGUGUUUCGAGAUGUUUAUGGAGAAUUCAUGAUCCAGGUCAAUGAGGAUUACCUCAGUUUUAGGGACAAACACUUCUGGGUCCAAGGCUACACUCUGAUCUCGAAGGAUGUGGAGGACUGCAUGCCAGUCUUCCUGAGACACAUCGCUAACGACGUCUAUGUCUGUGGGAAGACCAUAAACCUUCUCAAAAUUUGCUGUCCGCAGCACUACAUCUGCUGGUCGGAGCUGCCGGUGCCUCGCAUCGCUGUCACCUUCUCCAUCCAGGAGGUGGAGGAGAUUGAGCGAGAAUGCGCGGUGUACCGCGGACGUAUGGAGAGGAUUGCAAAGCACAGCGCUGUAAGCAGGGAGGAGCAGGCCCUGCGAGCAGAGCGAGCGCGCCAGGACCUGAUCAAUCAGGUCAGGGAGUCGGCAGCCAAAACCCUGGAGAGCAUCCGAGGGCGGCAGGUGUCACAGCGUCUGGCUGAGGAGGCCAAGAAAAGGGAGCGCUUUGAGGAGCUGAAACAGCACCUGGAACAGGAGCAGGAGUGGCGAAAUGCAGCCAAGAAGAAGCAGGAGGAGAACGACUUCAGCUUUGCCAAAGAGCUGAGAGACAGAGAAAAGCGACUGCAAGCCCUGGAGGAGCAGCUGGAGCAGAGAGCCAGAAAGGAGCUGAUUGCUCAGUACAGCCGGUUGUCAGAGGAAGCAGCUCGCAGAGAGAGACAGGCCAUGUGGAGAGUGCAGCGAAUGAGACUCGACGGAGCCAGGAAACAAUUCUUAAUGCUCGACAGGCAGAAAAUUCAGGCAUUGCUGGAUAAAUGCCCAUCAGGCCAGGAGAGCCCUCCCAUGGAUAUAUUGCCAUCUGCCCCCUCACAUCCACCUCAACAAAUUCUUGAUCCGUUAGCAAACGUUCAAAGAUCUGAAGCUCUAACUCCACUUCCUAAUCCGUCUGCAACAGACCCUCCUCUCAUCUGUGAGGACUCUGACAUCAGUGACCUUCUCCCUAAAUCACCAAAGCCUGACAGUCAGCAAGUGGAUAUGGCCCUGGAGGAGAUUGGCUCUGACCUACCUAUUGCUCGCCCUGCUCCACAACUCGUUGACUAUGACUUUAGUGCCCCCUUUAGUCCGCUUGAGGGAAUCACUGGCCAAGCUUCUGCCCAGUCCAGGCCUCGGUGGGGACCUGCAGACCAGCCUGAGCUGAUGCAGAGCCCCAUUCUCACAGUUCAAAAAGAUGAAAACUUUCAUCAAGCUCAGCAGACUCAGGAGGACAGUCAAAAUACGGAUGUUUACGGACAAACCUCACAUGCUUCUGACGCAAACACUCUCAAGGGAGACCAAGAAGCUGCAUCUGUACCAGAACAAGAAGGAAGUGAUUUAUGGAAAAAAGAUCAGAUAAAGACUGAGGGUGCUGAAGUGGACAAUAAGAACCACGGCUCUGAGAGUCCUAAUAAAGCUGGUGGAGAUGUUUCUCCUUCAGACCUUCAGAGGUCUGUCCCCAUUGCUGAAGUUAAGGUUGGAGAGCUGGUUUCAGCCUCCCAUGGUGUCCAUGGCCAUUCAUCUGAUGCUCAUAUAAAGGUUGGGCAGUAUGUCUCUGAGGUAACUGCUCAGAUUCCAUCCCCCAACAUUCACGGCCAUGCUUCAGAUUCACACAUCAAGAUCGGAGAAAACCUGUCCGACGUCACAGCUCCUACACCCUUCUCCAGUUCCCAUGGCCACUCCUCUGAUGCACACAUCAAAAUUGGGGAAUAUAUUUCUGAGAUUGUCUCUUCUCUUCCUGUCCCUAAUGUCCAUGGACAUUCCUCAGACUCCCACAUCAAGGUUGGAGAACUUGUUUCUGACGUUGAAGCGAUCUUACCAUCACCAAACAUUUACGGCCACAGCUCUGACUCUCAUAUAAAAGUUGGAGAAAAUGUUUCAGACAUUGCUGCAGCGAAGCAUGCUCCCAGUGUUCAUGGGCACGCCUCUGAUGCUAAUAUAAAAAUAGGCGAGUUUGUGUCCAACGUGUCUGAAGGGAGACCUCGUUGGAGUAAGCAUGGGCAUGCCUCCGAUUGUGUCCUUCAGUUGGGCUGUGUGGUCUCUGGAUCAGAUCCCAGAACAGCUGCUCUGCCAGGGAGCUUUUACGGUCACUCCUCAGACUCAACCUUAGGUGUUGGAUGUGUGGUCCAAGGAGAUGAGCCCAAACUGCGAUCAUUACCUGGCAGCGCUCACGGCCAUUCUUCAGACUCUGCUUUAGGCGGUGGAUGUCUCGUCUCAAAAGCCGACCCGCUUCCAUCGCCUCUGCCAGGCAGUGCUUAUGGUCACUCCUCUGAUUCGGCACUGGGAGUCGGCUGCAUGGUGCUGGGGUCAAAUCUGCCAACUGCUGCACUCCCAGGCAGCUCUUACGGUCACUCAUCAGAUUCUUCGCUAGGGGUUGGAUGUGUGGUCAAAGAAAAAGAAGAUGGAAACCAGCCAAAGACGUCAGAAAAGGACAAUAAAGGGAGCCCCACUGAGCCCUGCGCUGACUGGAUGGGGUCUUGGACAUCUGGUUUGUGGCUGUCUCCUGGAGAGAAGUCUCAGCAGGAAUACCUCAUGGGUUUAUCUGCCCAGUACCAGGUGGAACACUAUGAGGACUGCUAUAAUUUACUAGCUUCGUCUCCUGAGUCCCAGCUGCUGAAGCAGGUAACACGGGGGCCCUGGGGCCUUCCCAUGGACCCAACGCUUCACAGAGCCACAGACACCACAGCUGUCCAGCUCAGUGAGAUGGUUUCCCUGCCAGUGCUGAUAAAGCACUCCGUCACCGCCCCGCUCAUCACGCAUGUGUCCUUGGUGAAUAAGGCUGUAGUGGACUACUUCUUCAUAGAGCUGGGGGUGGAAAAACACUUUGAGGAGCUGCGUCACUUCCUGCUGAUGGAGGAUGGCGAGUUUGCACAGUCGCUCAGUGAUCUAAUCUUUGAAAAGAUGGCCAGUGGCCAGACUCCAGGCGAGCUUCUGACCCCCCUGGUCCUGAACUCCAUUCUCAGUAAGGCCCUGCAGUACAGCCUACAUGGAGACACCCCCUUAGCUUCCAACUUCACCUUCGCCCUGCGCUUCCUGCCAGAGACCUUCCACCCUCACGCCCCAGACUCCCUCAACUGUUUGGAGCUGCGUUACAAGGUUGACUGGCCGUUGAACAUCAUCAUCACCGACAGCUGCAUGAGCAAGUACAACCGCUUGUUUUCGUUCCUGCUGCAGCUCAAACACAUGGUGUGGAGCCUCAGGGAUGUCUGGUUUCACCUCAAGAGGACAGCUCUGGUGAAAGGCGCAGGUCGAUCGGUACAGUUCCAUCAGCUGCAGCUCUACAGGCAUGAAAUGCAGCAUUUUGUUAAAGUCAUACAGGGUUACAUCGCCAACCAGAUCCUACAGGUGUCCUGGACCGAGUUCACGGCCAAGCUGGCCACCGCUAGUGACCUGGACGCCAUCCACCGCACACACGCCGACUACCUCAACAGAGCCAUCUUCAGGGGUCUGCUGACAGAGAAAGCAGCUCCAGUCAUGAACAUCAUCCACAGCAUUUUCAGCCUCAUUCUCAAAUUUCGUGCCCAGCUCAUCGCGCAACCCUGGGACAGCCAGCAGGGGGAGGCAGUGCACCCAAGCUUCAUUGCCAUGCAGCAGUCGUACAACACUUUUAAGUAUUACUCUCACUUCCUUUUCAAAGUGGUGACUAAGCUGGUGAACCGAGGCUAUCAGCCUCAUUUAGAAGAUUUCCUGCUUCGCAUCAACUUCAACAACUACUACAAGGACUCUUAAGGUGCAUGCUGGGCUGCUUUUAAACUCCAUGUCUUUAGCCAUAAACCUCCCUGUGUUAUAAUUGUGUUUAAAGUCCUUGAAAUCCCACCUCUGCUGCACUCAAUUUAGGAAGCAAAAAGUAAUUAAUGUUUUGUCCUUAAUCAUUUCUGCGCUCUUCAGUAAUCAACACACUGCCAGCAUGGUUUAACUGAAGCUGAUGUCUGUCGUUAUAAAUUAGAUGUACGUUUGAAACUAAUAUAAAUGAACUUUUCAUAUGUAAAUACAUUUUUUUCCAAAUAAAAAACUAUUUGAAUUGUUUGA